GUGGGGCUGCUGAAAUCAGAGCCGUUCCCUCGGAGGUGGAGGCGAUUUACGGCGUGUUUGUGCAGGAGGAGGAGGAGGAGGAGGAGGAGGAGGAGGAGCGGCGGUAGGAGGAAAGAGGGAAAAGAGGGCAUGAAGCAGUGACAGAGGUUGAAGAAGUGGGACAAAAGUCUGCCGAGAGAGAGAGAAAAGAACCCUGGAGUUUAUUGUCGGAGCCGGAGAGCUCUGGAAGGGGAGGAUUAGGAGCAGAGGAGGAGGAGGAGGAGGAGCGCUCGCGUCGCUCUCUGCCGCUGAACUUGGACUUGUAACCACAUGCUCGGUGCACACCGAGCACCGGACAGGAAAUAUGCAGGUGAAAGGAUGCUGCAGGGACCCGGUGAAGGACUGAGCCCCACCUGAACUCUCCUCCCUCCCUCCCUCCCUCCCUCCCCCCCCCCUUCUUUCCCGGCGCCCCUCCCCCCUCGGAGCCCUCGGCGCCGGCUGCAGUCCCAUCAUGAACCUGCUGUGCCGCGGGCGCCUGAAGCUGCUGGUGGCGUCUCUCACGGCCAUCGUCCUGCUCACCUGGCUCUACCUGCUCGCCGGAAACUUGGAGAAUGGCCGGUCCCUCCUGCUGGUGCCGUGUCUCGCCGACACGCCGGCCGCUCAGGUGCUGGAGCGAGCCGUGUUGGAGUCGCGGGUUCGAGAGGUGGAAGAGGAGAACCGGCAGAUCCGCCUGCAGCUCAGCCAAUCGCAGGGCACCGCCGCCCAGCCGGCGGAGGGUAACUACGGCAACCAGCAGUGGGGCGCGUCGGCAGACACGGGGCCGGAGGACGGCGACAACACGGCGGAGGAGAAGAACAAUCACACCGAGUGUCCUCGCUCGCCCACCGUCCAGAAGUGUGAGCUGAUCCAUGUAGCGUGCGUUUGUGCCGGUCACAACGCCAGCAGAGACGUGGUCACGCUGGUCAAGUCGGUGCUCUUUCACAGGAGAAACCCUCUCCACUUUCAUUUCAUCACCGACACGGUGGCCAAUCGCAUCCUGAGUUCGCUGUUCCAGUCCUGGAUGGUCCCGUCUGUGCAAGUCAGCUUCUACGAUGCGGAUGAACUCAAGUCUGAAGUGUCGUGGAUACCCAACAAGCACUACUCAGGUAUUUACGGCUUGAUGAAGCUGACGCUAACCAAAGCUUUGCCCUCAGACCUGUCAAAGGUCAUCGUCCUGGACACGGACAUCACCUUCGCCACCGACAUCGCUGAGCUGUGGGGCAUUUUUAGAAAGUUCACAGAUAAACAGGUGAUCGGUCUUGUGGAGAACCAGAGCGAUUGGUACUUGGGAAACUUGUGGAAAAACCACAAACCCUGGCCUGCGCUGGGAAGAGGCUUCAAUACAGGAGUCAUUCUCCUCUACCUGGAGCGACUGCGGCGGAUUGGUUGGGAGCAGAUGUGGCGGCUGACAGCAGAGAGGGAGCUGAUGAGCAUGCUCAGUACGUCCCUCGCUGAUCAGGACAUAUUCAACGCCUUCAUAAAGCAGAAUCCGGUCCUGGUGCAUCAGCUGCCCUGCUUCUGGAACGUCCAGCUCUCUGAUCACACUCGCUCCGAGCAGUGCUACACUGAGGUGUCUGACCUCAAGGUGAUCCACUGGAACUCGCCAAAGAAGCUACGUGUGAAGAACAAGCACGUGGAGUUCUUCAGAAACCUUUACCUGACCUUCCUGGAGUAUGACGGAAACCUGUUGAGACGGGAACUGUUCGGCUGCCCGAGUCAGGCCAAUCCGGAGAGCGUGCAGCUCCAGACGGCUCUGGAGGAGCUGGAUGAGGACGAUCAGUGCUACGACUUCCGGCGAGAGCGACUGACGGUGCAUCGAGUGCACCUCUACUUCCUGCAGUAUGAGUACACUCCAACCGAGGACGACACCGACGUCACGCUGGUGGCCCAGCUCUCUAUGGACAGGCUGCAGAUGCUGGAGGCCAUCUGCAAGCACUGGGAAGGCCCCAUCAGCCUGGCGCUCUACAUGUCCGACGCCGAGGCCCAGCAGUUCCUGCGCUACGCUCAGGCCUCCGAAGUUCUCAAGAACCGCAAGAACGUUGGCUACCACAUCGUGUACAAGGAGGGCCAGUUCUACCCGGUGAACCUGGUUAGAAACGUGGCGCUGAAGAACGCCAACACGCCCUAUGUGUUCCUGACCGACGUGGACUUCCUGCCCAUGUAUGGUCUCUACGAUUACCUCAGAAAGUCUGUGGUGCAGCUGGACAUGGCUCACACCAAGAAGGCUCUGGUGGUCCCCGCGUUCGAGACUCUCCGUUACCGUCUGUCUUUCCCCAAAUCCAAAGCCGAGCUGCUCUCCAUGCUGGACAUGGGGACUCUCUACACCUUCAGGUAUCACGUGUGGCCGAAGGGUCACGCUCCUACCAACUAUGCCAAAUGGCGAACGGCCACCACGCCCUACAAGGUGGAGUGGGAGCCGGACUUCGAGCCGUACGUGGUGGUGAGACGAGACUGUCCCGAGUACGACCAGCGCUUCGUGGGCUUCGGCUGGAACAAGGUGUCUCAUAUCAUGGAGCUCGACGCUCAGGAGUACGACCUGAUGGUGCUCCCCAACGCCUUCAUGAUCCACAUGCCGCACGCCCCCAGCUUCGACAUCUCCAAGUUCCGCUCCAGCUCCAGCUACCGAAACUGUCUCAACACGCUGAAGGACGAGUUUCACCAGGACCUGUCCCGGAAAUACGGCUCGGCGGCUCUCAAGUACCUCACCGCCCAGAGGAACAUCUGACAGAGAUCGUCUAAAACGAAUAAGGAAUAGAAGCGGGACAGCAGAGAGACGGGUGGGCGGAUCCUUCGGCGCCCUCCGCAGCUCGGACUCGUACUGACGCCGGGAAAAGGACGGCAGAAGGGGGAACGUCGCCACCGAGCGUGAUUUUGAAAGCUUUACAGCCCUUUCGAGCAUCCCCGGGCUCCUGUGCAUUAACUCUCCAGUCGACUCCACCUUCAGGUGACCGAGACGCAGAAACACGAACCCCCAGCAGGACGGCGGGGGGUUUCUGAAACGGCUGAACUGGCUGGGCGGGAGGAAACGGAUGAGACCAGCUUUAAGGCCAGGAAACAACAACCAUAUUCUGACUAUUUGCUCUGACAAUCAGGGCUGUUAUUUUCUUUUUUUUUGUUCCUCCAGAAGACAUAAAGAAAAAAAACAAAAAAACAAAAACAACAAGCCGGUCAGCUUGGAUUUCUGGAUACCGCGGGACCCCCGGAGGUUUGGGAACACAUUAAACAUUUGAAUCACAUUCGGGAGGCCGGUCGAACUGGAGAAAGAUUAAAGCCUUAUCACUUUCCAGAUAUUUACGAAGAUAUUUAAUGAUAUUUUUAUUUCUUCUCUUUUUAUUUUUCCCCAGCGUAAUUCUGAACCAAUGAUAGUGAGCAUUUGCAUCGACAACAUUUUGAUUAUGGCUUUACAUAAGAAUCAGUUUAUUUUUAUUUUUUUUUUCCUUUCUAUAUUUUCGGACCUCUUUGAAAAGAUAAACAUAGUGUUGAAUUAUUUCAGAUUUUCUGUGGGCUUCAGGGAUGUGCUUUGUUUGUAUGCGUGCGAGUGAGUGUGUGUGUGCGCGUGUGAGUGUCUGUGUGUGUGAGAACCAGCUGCGUCAUGUGGCACGUCUCAAACACGCUUCCAGCUUGUCGUCGGAGUCACGCUCGCUUCUGUCCUGCAUGUGAACGGCUGCACAACAUCUUCCUUUCACGUUAGAAGUCGGUACGACGUUUCCUCCUCAUCCAUCCCGCCGAGAAAAAAAAAAACCCUUUUCUGAUCAGAUUCUUCAUCACCAAUAGGGACCAACUCACCCGACCAACACUGACCCCAGACAGGGAGUUGGUGUCAAACGAAGUUUUGUGCAGAGAGACCGAAGACAGGAGCUAAUUUUUUUUCAUUUGUUGUGUUUGUGCCAUUUCUGUUGUGUCGGAUUCACUGGAUAAUUGUGCCAUCUACUGUAAAUCUUCACCUUAACGGUUUUUCUUUGUUGAAGUCCAGCUGAAAUUACAGAUUUAAACAACUGCACUAAUUCAGCUGUCAGCCUUUAAAUUACUCAUCUAGAGUUUUUAGAAAAUCAGGCUGAUCAGAGGUCAGCCUCCACCUACAGAGGUUUUAAAAUUUUAAAUUUCUCUACAUUAUUUGGCCAUAAAAUCCAUACAAGUCACCAAUAUGGAGAGCAGCUCUAAUUGUUUGUGUUUCCUGAACAUUUGUAUGAAAACACGAACGGUGUUGUUGGAAAGAUUGAACUUGUCCCAGUUCAGGAGCUGGAUGUGGCUCUUCAGCCACUCUGUAGCGGCUCCCUGCAGCUUUUAGAAAACUCUCAUUGGUUGCACAAAAGACAAGCUUUCAAAGAGACUCUUAUUAGAUUAGGAAACCACACCUACUGGGAUACGUCUAAAAAAGUAAUCUACUUAAAGCUUAAAAAGAAAGAUAAAACUUGUAAAAUUGCAAUAGAAAAUUGUUAAUAAUGGUAAAUGAUAGAAAACAAAAUUAGAAAUUGAUAAAAAGACUAAAAGGUAAAAUAGGUAAACCUCAAAAUGCACACGGCCGGUCAGCUGAAGUCGCACCUGAUUGGCUCUGGAACCUGGGAGUGUGACGUCUAGCCCCGCCCAUCAGAGUUGUUCCAUCCCUGAACUCUCAUUUUGGAAGAAAACAACUUGACCAAGACAUUAUUGAUGGAGACGACAAAUUGUUUAAAGGGAAUGUUUCUUCAAUGAUGGUGAACAAUGGGAAUGAUUUUUAUUGUUUUCAUAGAAAUUUCUUACUUAUUGUACCUUUAAAUGAAACACGAAGAGCAACGUUUUAGAGAUGUGAAUGUGUUUUACAUCUUUAGUCACACGUAUCCACAAAACAAAACUGAUUUUUAAUAUUAUCUUCAACAACUAAGCUUUACCACAAAAUUGCUCAUUACUUUGUUGAUCUUAAUUUUUCUCCAAAAUAUGCCAACCUGUGGAGCAACAGUCCACAGAUCAUAAAGACAAUGUAUCAUCACUGAGGACGUAUUCAGUCAGGGAAUUUUCCCAUUUAUGCAUCGUUUAUUACAAAAUGUGAUCAUACACUUAAACUGGUGAGUUCAAAAUAUUGAAGCCCAACAUUACGUUCAAGUCAUCAAACUCCUCGAUGAAUGAGAAAAGGCUUCGGACUUGAUGUGUACUAACUGUUUUUACUGGAAGAUGCUGCCACUAGUUGUUCCAAAUAGAUUUUUUUUUCUUUGUUUCAGUGCAAAAAACAUCCUCAUUUCACAUUUUGGAUUUAAUUGGAAGAAGCGCCGACACAUGACACUGCUUUAUAUAAACUAGAAGCCUCUGAUAGACCUACACCCCCACAUAAUUCCAGCUGGACUUCAACCCUCUGAAUGUAACAUUUGUGUUGCUCGUUCGUUGUUCAUCCAACACUUCCAACCAGCGCAGGGUUCACAAAUAAGUUGACUAUGAAGUGCUUCUUGGAUAUUUUUUCUCAGUAUAACUUAUCUCCUCCUCUAAAGAAAAAAAAAUUACUGGGUUCUUUUAUUUAUUUUUUUUCUUUUCAGUGCUUCUUUCAGUAAGAAAAUCACCCUGGAGUCAUGAUUCAAUGAAGCACUCAAGCAGUUUAUUGUUGAGUCGUCCCUAUUCUAAAAUCUGAAAGACUUUCACAUCACUGUCGAUGAGGUGAAACGAUCCCUCAGAAAGAGUUUGGAAUAGUUUGAAGAGUUGAACAAUAACUACUCUGUGAAGCUGUAUCUCCAUGGCAAAACACAAAUAUCCGGUUAGCAUCCACCACAUGGAAGACAAGUUAUCAUUAAAAAAAAAAAAAAUAUAUAUAUAUAUAUAUAUACUGACAUUUUAUUAAAGGUGCUGUAGGCAGGAUUUUGCUAGUCAAUGCUAAUUUUUCU